CGGGCCCGGAUUGGACGGUCCGCAUGUGGGCGGGCCUAGCGGGCUCACUCCGGAAGCGCCGCCGCGCGUCGGGACCCCUGGCUGGGCCGCCGGGUAGCUGCCGGCUCAGCCAUGUCGUGUUUGUUGAAAAGGUGCUGAAGAGACUUUUUCCUAAUGUUCCCAGUGACCAAGAAAAGGAAACACCCCAGCUUUUGCCCUUGGAAACACCAUUCCGGAAGACAACCUCUGAGAAAGUGGAACACAGGCAUAUUCAUCAUUUGACAGAUGGUGACAUUAAGAUCCAACCUGAACGACGGCUCUAUACUGUUAGUUUGCCUCCUGAGGGGUAUGUUCCCUGUUUGCCAGAGCCCAGCAGCCGCACAGAUUCCGAGAGUGCCUCCAGUGGUACAGAUGCAGAAGAUCAGGAUCCUCAUGGUCAAUCAAAAAGAAGAAGAAUUAGAAAGCAUAAAUUAAAGAAAAAAUUUAAGAAUCCUAAUAAUGUUCAUAUAGAACUGGCAGAAUUAGAGAAACAGCAGAAUCUUUUACAACAAAUACAGCCACAGCCGACAGAUGGCCCCAUAAUGAGCAAAAAUAAGAAAAGGAAGCUAAAAAAGAAGCGGCAAAUUAGAAGGAAGAAAGCAGCUGGCGUCGUAACCAGGGCCACUGGUGUCAGCUUCCUGUACCAGCCUGAGGAGAGCGGCAGUGAACAGGACGACCUGAGGGGUGCUACACGAGGAGUCCAGGACAGCAAGGAGGCCGCCUCAGCAGAGGCCAGCCAAGAAGAAGAUGCGGCCACCACCCAGGAAGACGUUGAGAUUCACAGUCGAAAGGCAGAGGGCAUCCUGAACUUUCUGAAAUCAACACAAGAAAUGUAUUUCUAUGAUGGUGUUGCCCAAGACACAGAUUCCGCUGUCUCAGCAGAGAGUGCUAAAGAGCUGCUCACCUGUCUUGAAUCUCGCAGCAUGUCUCCCUCCGAUGUGUCCAUUCUGGAUCACAUGAGAACGCUGCUGCUUCUGCAAGACACUGAGAGACUGGAGCAUGCUCUGGAGAUGUUCCCAGAGCACUGCAUGAUGCCCCCCGGAGAGGUCUUGGAUCCCUACAGGGGCACUAGAAGCCUACAGGGUAAAAAAAAGUAACGCCUCGGAUCCACAGUGCUGGAAGGGAAGACACGCAAGCAAUAUGAGAAGACAAGGGAAGAAAGUGCCCCAAACAUAUCAAGACACCACAUUAUUAGAAUCCAAGGCCAGCGCAGCAGAAGAAAUUACAGAGAAGGAGUUCAGGAGGCACAUGAUUUAAAUGUUCUGUGAAUUAGAGGAUGAUAUAAGAGAGCAAAUACAGGAAGCAAAAGACCAUUUUGACAGUGAGCUAUAUAAGCAAAUACAGGAAACAAAAGAUGACUUCAACAGGGAGAUAGAAGUUUUAAAAAAAAACAAACAAAUUCUUGAAGAAAGAAAUAAUAAACAAUAAACCAAAUUAAAAGCUCAAUUGAAAGCAUCACCAACAGAUUAGACCACCUGGAAGAGAGAACCUCAGACAAUGAAGACAAAAUGUAUAAUCUUGAAAAGAACAAAAGGACAAGUGAAAGUUCACACAGUGAAAGUUCAUUGCAUGGAGUUCAUUCCUUAAAGGAAGAAAAAAAUCAACAAAUAAAUGACUUAACAUUACAUCUCAAAGCUCUAAGAAACCAUGAGCAGAACAUUCAAUAAAUAUGGGAUAGCAUGAAAAGACCAAAUUUAGGAGUUGUCGGGAUAGAGGAAGGCAUAGAGUUCCAAACUAAAGGAAUGAGCAAUCUAUUCAGUGAAAUAAUAUCAGAAAAUUUUCCAAACAUGAAGAAUGAAUUGGGAAACCAAAUUCAGGAGGCUUACAGGGCACCAAAUGUACAAAAUCACAACAGAUCCACACCAAGGCACAUCAUAAUGAAAAUACCUAACAUACAGAAUAAGGAGAGAAUCUUAAAAGUCAAGAGAGAAAGGAAUCAGAUUAUAUAUAGGGGGAAACCAGUUAGAUUAUGUGCAGAUUUUUCAACCCAGACCCUGAGAGCUAGAGAUCCUGGAAUAACAUAUAUCUAGCCCUGAAAGAAGAUGGAUGCCAAUCAAGAAUCUCAUAUCUAGCAAAAGUAAGCGUUAGAUUUGAUGAUGAAAUAAACACCUUUCAUGAUAAACAAAAAUUAAAAGAAUUUACAGCUCAAAAGCCUGCACUAUAGAACAUCCUUGGCAAAAUAUUUCCUAAAGAGGAAUUGAAAAACAACAGUGAAAAUCAGCAAAGGGAGGUAUUCACUAAAGGAAAAACUAAUCAAAGGAGAAACCAAGUCAACUUAAAAACAAAAAUAAACAAAAAUGACUGGGAAUACAAAUCAUGUCUCGAUAAUAACUCUGACUGUUAACGGCCUAAACUCACCAAUCUAAAGACGUAGACUGGCAGAUUGGAUUUUAAAAAAAGACCCAACAAUAUGCUGCCUCCAAGAGACUCAUCUCAUAAGAAAAGACAUCCACAGACUAAAGGUGAAAGGUUGGGAAAAAUCAUACCUCUCAUAUGGAUUGCGGAAGCAAGCAGGGGUUUCCAUCUUCGUAUCAAAUAAAGUAGACUUCAAACCAAAGUUAAUCAAAAGGGAUAAAGAAGGACAUUUUUUACUGCUUAAGGGAUCCAUUCAUCAACAAGACAUAACAAUAAUAAAUUUAUAUUCCCCAAACAAUGACACAUCUAUGUUCAUCAAACAAACUCUUCUCAAGUUCAAGAGUUAAAUAGACCACAACACAAUAAUUCUGGGUGACUUUGACACACCUCUUUCACCUUUGGAUAGACUGUCCAAACAAAAACUAAAUAAAGAAACCAUAGAACUCAAUAAUACAAUCAAUAACUUAGGCUUAACUGACAUGUAUAGAAUAUUUCAUUUUUCAGUUAACAAAUAUACUUUCUUCUCAUCAGCACAUGGCUCCUUCUCUAAAAUAGAUCAUAUAUUAUGCCACAAAGCAACUCUUAGUAAAUAUUAAAAAGUAGAGGUACUACCCUGCAUUCUAUCAGAUUCUAAUGGAAUGAAAUUAGAAAUCAAUGAUAAAAUAAAAAAUAAAAGCUACUCCAAAAACUGGAGACUAAAUAAUAUGCUACUGAAUGAACAACGGGUUGCAAAGACAUCAAGGAGGAGAUUAAAAAAUUUCUAGAGGUGAAUGAGAACACCCAUACAAUGUACCGAAAUCUCUAGGACACCAUGAAGGCAGUAUCAAGAGGAAAGUUCAUUGCAUGGAGUUCAUUCCUUAAAAGAAGAAAAAUUCAACAAAUAAUUGAUUUCACAUUACAUCUCAAAGCCCUUAAAAAGAAGAACAAAUGAACAGCAAAAGCAGUAAAAGACAGGAAAUAAAUAAAAUCAGAGAUGAAAUCAAUGAAAUUGAAACAAAAGAAACAAUUUAAAAAUUGACAAAACAAAAUGUAGGUUCUUUUGAAAAAUAAAUAAAUUUUGCAAACCCUUAGCCAUACUAACGAAGAGGAGAGAGAAAACUCAAAUUACUAACAUACGUGAUAAAAAAGGAAAUAUCACAACAGACACUACAGAAUUACGAAGAUAAUUAGAAAUUAUUUUGAAAACUUGUACUCCAAUAAAAUAGAAAAUAUUGAAGGCAUUGACAAAUUUCUAGGGUCAUGAUUUGCCCAAAUUGAAUCAGGAUGAUAUACACAAUUUAAACAGAUCAAUUUCUUUUUUAUUAUUAUUAUUUUUUACAUACAUCACAAUAGAGGAGUGCAUUACAUUCAUGAUUUUUUGCAUUACAAUUCUUAAUACACCCUUAUACCACAAUUUAUCAAAUCUGUUUGUAUAGAAGGUAUGUUGAUACCAAAUUCCCAUCUUCAUACAUGAAUUUUUGUAUAAUGAUGACCAUCUCCUUCCACUAUCCUUGCUAUUCCCAUUCUCCCUCCCUUUCCCUCCCACCCCUAUUCCCUAUCUAGAGGUAAUUUUCCACCUAUGCUCUCCCUACCUACCCCAUUUUGAGUCACCCCCCUUAUAUCAUAGAAAACAUUCAGCAUUUGUUUUUAGGGAUUGACUAACUUCACUUAGCAUAAUCUUCUCUAAUGCCAUCAUUUCCCUGCAAAUGCCAUGAUCUUAUUAUUUUUUAGUGCUGAGUAAUAUUCCAUUGUGUAUAAAUGCCACAUUUUUUAAUCCAUUCAUCCACUAAAGGGCAUCUAGGUUGGAUCCAAAGUUUAGCUAUUGUGAUUUGUGCUGCUAUAAACAUUGAUGUGGCUGUGUCCCUGUAGUAUGCUGUUUUUAGGUCCUUUGGGUAUUGUCUUAGAAGAGGGAUAGCUGGGUCAAAUGGUGGUUCCAUUCCCAGCUUUCCAAGGAAUCUCCAUACUGCUUUCCAAAUUGGCUGCACUAAUUUGCAGUCCCACCAGCAGUGUAUGACUGUGCCUUUUCCCCCCACAUCCUCACCAACACUUGUUAUUUGUCUUCAUUAUGGCUGCCAUUUUUACUGGGGUGAGAUGGCAUCUUACAGUAGUUUUGAUUUGCAUUUCUCUGAUAGCUAGAGAUGAUGAGCAUUUUUUCGUAUGUUUGUUGAUUGAUUGUAUGUCCUCUUCUGAGAAGUGUCUGUUCAGGUCUUUGGCCCAUUUAUUGAUUGGAUUAUUAUUUUUUUUUUGGUGUUUAUCUUGUUGAGUUCUUUAUAUACCCUAGAGAUUAGUGCUCUAGCUGAUGUGUGAGGGGUAAAAAUUUGCUCCCAGGAUGUAGGCUCUCUAUUCACUUCACAGAUUAUUUCUUUUGCUGAGAAGAAACUUUUUAGUUUGAAUCCAUCCCAUUUGUUGAUUCUUGGUUUUAAUUCUUGCACUAUAGGAGUCUUAUUAAGGAAGUUGGGACCUAAACCCACAUGAUGACGAUCAGGGUCUACUUUUUCUUCUAUUAGACACAGAGUCUUUGGUCUAAUUCCUAGGUCCUUGAUCCAUUUUGAGUUAACUUUUAUGCAUGAUGAGAGAUAGGAAUUCAAUUUCAUUUUGUUGCAUAUGGAUUUCCAAUUUUCCCAGCACCAUUUGUUGAAGAUGCUAUCCUUUCUCCAGUGCAUGCUUUUAGCACCUUUGUCUAAUAUAAGGUAGUUGUAAUUUUGUGGGUUAGUCUCUGUGGCCUCUGUUCUGUACCUUGGUCCACCUGCCUGUUUUGGUGCCAGUACCAUGCUUAAACAGAUCAGUUUCGAGCAAUGAAAUAGAAGAUGCCAUCAGAAGCCUACCAACCAAGAAAAGCCCAGGACUGGAUGGAUACACAGCCGAGUUCUACAAGACCUUUAAAGAACUAAUACCAAUACUCUUCAAUUUAUUUCAGGAAAUAGAAAAAGAGGCAGCACUUCCAAACUCAUUCUAUGUCCUCAUUCUAUGAGGCCAAUAUCACCUGGUUCCAAAACCAGGCAAAGACACAUCAAAGAAAGAAAACUUCAAACCAAUAUCUUUAAUGAACAUAGAUGUAAAAAUUCUCAAUAAAAUUCUGGCAAAUUGAAUACAAAAACAUCAAAAAGAUCGUGCACCAUGAUCAAGUGAGGUUCAUCCUAGGGAUGCAAGGUUGGUUCAAAAUACAGAAAUCCAUAAAUGUAAGUCAUCAUAUCAAUAGACUCAAAGAUAAGAAUCAUAUGGUCAUCUCAAUAGAUACAGAAAAAGCAUUCAACAAAAUACAGCACCCCUUCAUGUUCAAAACACUAGAAAAACUAGGGAUAACAGGAACAUGAGAUCUCAACAUUGUAAAAGCUAUCUAUGCUAAGCCCCAGGCCAACAUCAUUCUAAAUGGAGAAAAAUUGAAAGCAUUCCCUCUAAAAUCUGGAACCAGACAGGGAUGUCUUCUUUCAACCAGUUCUAUUUAACAUAGUUCUUGAAACAUGGGCCAGAGCAAUUAGACGAAAUAAAUUAAAGAGAUACAGAUAGGAAAAUAAGAACUUGAAUUAGCAUUAUUUGCCGACAAUAUGACUCUACACCUAGAAGACCCAAAAAAUUCUACCAGAAAACUUCUAGAACUAGUAGAAGUUUACUAGUAGUAAAGUAGCAGGAUACAAAAUCAACCCCCAUAAAUCAAAGGCAUUUCUGUGUAUCAGUGACAAAUCCUCUGAAAGGGAAACAAGGAAAAUUACUCCAUUUAUAACAUCCUCAAAAAAAACAAAAAACAAAAAAACUUGAGAAUCAACCUAACAAAAGAGGUGAAAGACCUCUACAAUGAAAAUUACAGAACACUAAAGAAAGAAAUUAAAGAAGAUCUUACAAGAUGGAAAGAUCUCCCUUGUUCUUGAAUAGGCAGAAUUAAUAUUAUCAAAAUGACCACACUACCAAAUGCAUUAUUCAGAUUUAAUGCAAUUCCAAUCAAAAAUCCCAAUGGCAUUUCUCAUAGAAAUAGAAAAAGCAAUCUGAAAUCCAUCUGGAAAAAUAGAGAGACCGAGAAUAGCUAAAGCAAUCCUUAGCAGGAAGAGUGAAGCAGGUGGCAUCACUAUACCAGACCUUGAACUAUACUACAGAGCAAUAGUAACAAACACAGCAUGGUAUUUGGCACCACAACAGACUGGUAGACCAGUGGUACAGAACAGAGGACACAGAGACUAACCCACAAAAUUAUAAUUAUCUUACAUUAGACAAAGGUGCCAAAAUUGUACAUUGGAGAAAAGAUCACCUCUUCAACAAAUGGUGCUUGGAAAACUGGAAAUCCAUAUGCAACAAAAUGAAAUUGAACCCCUGUCUCUCACCUUGCACAAAACUCAAAGUGAAUCAAGGACCUAGAGACCCUGCAUCUAAUAGAAGAAAAGGUAGGCCCAAAUCUCCAUCAUAUCCAAUUAGGCCUCACUUCCUUAAUUAGACUCCUAUAGCACAGGAAUUAAAGUCAAGAAUUAAUAAAUGGGAUGAAAUCAAACUAAAAAGUUUUUUCUCAGCAAAAGAAACAAUCUGUGAGGUGAACAGAGAGUCUACAGCUUGAGAGCAAAUUUUUACCCCUCACACAUCAGAUAGAGCACUAGUCUCUAGGGUUUAUGAAGAGCUCAAAAAGCUAAACACCAAAAAACCAAAUAACCCAAUCAAUAAAUUGGCUAAGGAACUGAACAGACACUUCUCAGAAGGUGAUAUACAAUCAAUCAACAAUGAUAUGAAAAUGCUCAACAUCUCUAACAAUCAGAGAAAUGCAAAUCAAAACCACUCUAAGAUUUCAUCUCACUCCAGUCAGGAUGGCAGCUAUUAAGAAGACAAACAAAAAAAGUGUUGGUGAGGAUGUGGGGAAAAGGCACACUCAUACACUGCUGGUGGGACUGCAAACUGGUACAAGCAUUAUGGAAAGCAGUAUGGAGAUUCCUCAGAAAACUGGGAAUGGAACCACCAUUUGACCCAGCUGUCCCUCUCCUCAGUCUAUACCCAAAGGACUUAAAAACAGCAUACUACAGGGACACAGCCACAUCAAUGUUUAUAGCAGCACAGUUCACAAUAGCUACACUGUGGAGCCAUGAUCCAGUGAGGUUCAUCCUAGGUUCAUCCUAGGUGCCCUUCAAUAGAUGAAUGGAUAAAGAAGCUGUGGUGUAUAUACACAAUGGAAUAUUACUCAGCAAUAAAAGGCAAUAAAAUUAUGGCACUUGCAGGUAAAUGGAUGGCGUUGGAAGUGAAGUUAGCCAAUCCCCAAAACCCAAAUGCUGAAUGUGUUCUCUGAUAUCAGGAGGCUGACUCAUAGUGGGGUUGAGAGGGGA